CUGGAAGCUCUUAAGUGGCCCAGGUACUGCUGCCUCUGACACUCGGGAAUAAGGCGCUCAUUUGGCUGCUCGCCGGCUGAUCAUCCUUCGCUCCAGGCUCGCAGCGGAGGCAACAGUCUUCUGUCCGAUUUGGGCACGCGAGUGCUGCAAACCCAGACAGUGAGCAGGUAUGAAGACCCCUCACAAAAAGCUGCUGCAAAAGAGCAAAUGGGAGAAGCCAUAGGUCACCACAUUGGCUCUACAACCAUCAAGAAGAAAAAAGCUUCUCAGAAGAGGCCGAGGAGCAGAUCUUCAUCCCGGCCCCGAAGGAACAUCGUGGGCUGCAGAAUUUCUCACGGGUGGAAGGAAGGAGACGAGCCGAUCACACAGUGGAAAGGAACUGUGCUGGAUCAGGUGCCUAUCAACCCCUCUCUCUACCUGGUGAAAUAUGAUGGGAUUGACUGUGUCUAUGGACUGGAACUUCACAGAGAUGAAAGGAUUUUAAAGCUUAAAAUCCUUCCAGAUAAGGUGUCCUUUUCUCGAGUCAGCGAUGUGCGCCUUGCUAACACCAUAAUUGGCAAAGCAGUGGAACACAUGUUUGAGGGUGAGCAUGGCUCUAAGGAUGAAUGGAGGGGGAUGGUCCCUGGCCCAAGCGCCUAUCAUGAACGCCUGGUUUACAUUACUUAUGAGAAAGAUCCCGUAUUGUACAUGUAUCAGCUUCUGGAUGAUUAUAAAGAGGGCGACCUCCGUAUCAUGCCAGAGUCCAGUGCAUCUCCUCCAGCAGACAGGGAGCCAGAAGGAGUUGUAGAUGGCCUGAUAGGUAAACAUGUGGAAUACACCAAAGAAGACGGCUCCAAGAGGACAGGCAAGGUCAUUCACCAAGUUAAAGCCAAGCCCUCUGUGUACUUCAUCAAGUUUGAUGAUGACUUCCAUAUCUAUGUUUAUGACUUGGUGAAAAAGAACUCUUAGGGUCAGAUUUGCGUAGUGUGGGGAAGCAAACGUGUACUUUGUAGAUGUGCCAAAAGAUAUUAAUUUUUCAGUGUAGUCAAAGCUGAGAGUUUCUGAUCACUCAGAAUCUUUGCCAACAUUGCUGUUGUUUUUGUUCUGGAAACUACCGAUCUGUGGACAUGACCUGUUAGAUGUAAAACCAUUGUCUUGUGUAAGAGAUGAGUAUGCUUGGUGGAUGGGCUAUGAAGGAGCAGCUGUCAAUUUAACCUGUGAAUAAAGUACCAUUAUUAUU